GAAAGAGGUCGCAGCCACCGUCCAGUGGGUGUUGUGUACUGUUCAGUUUUGUGUUUACCACUUCUCACUUCUCGGCAUCCAUACAGAUUUUCAUCUCACGACCAUUUAGAUGUAUUUCGAGUCGCAGUGGUAGAAUAGCCGCAGUUACUAGUCGGUAACGUUCGACAAGAUUUUUACGCGAAGAGCACCAAGAGUGUCGAAAUAAACGACGGUAACGAUGACCACGCGCACGUGGUUUUAGUGAUUAAGUGGACGUAGAUUAGUGAUUUUUUUAGUAGUGAUGAACUAGGUGAUAAGAAAUAAAAUACUCCCGUUCGGAGAUGUUGUCGAAUGUUGUUAUCCCGCUGUUGGGCUGUUUCGUCGUCUUCGUUUAUACUACGGAUAUAUGUAAUCCAAAAGCGUGUCAACGAGACGGUGAUAAUCAAAAACCAGUUUGUGGUACAGAUGGGCUCACCUACCCUACCAGAUGUAUAUUCGAAAAAGCCCGUUGUAAAAACAAAAAUGUAACCAUAGAAAAAAGAGGACCUUGUAAAAAAAUUCGACCAUGCUCUGAAUGGAGUAGUUUCAACCUACAGAAUCCUAUAUAUAAUAAUACCUUCUCACCAAAAUGUCGACCAGACGGAACGUACGAUUCGGCACAGUGUCAUUAUGGUGCGCAUUUUUGUUGGUGCGUAACACCAGAAGGAAUACCUCUACCGUAUACCUCAUCGAAACUGAGAAAUGACAAAACCCCAAAAUGUGGAAGAAAGAAAUCUACAAGGAGGAGAUCUUCUGCGUCGGGUCAACAAAAACAACAGAGAAAUAGGAUAUGUAAACGGCAGGAUAAAUCGAUGAUGAAUAAUAACUUAAUAGAUAGCUUUCAUAACGAAUUUACACGGUUUUCUGGAAGAAAUGAUAGUGAUACUGUAAUAAUUACCUGGAAAUUCCAGACGUUGGACCAAAAUAGCGACCACAUUCUGGAUAAAUUCGAAUAUAGAGAACUAAGGAAAGUUGUUAGAAAAAUAGUUAAACCCAAAAAAUGUUCCAGACAUUUUCCCAGAUCUUGUGACUCCAACAAAGAUGGAAAAAUCAAUUUACAAGAAUGGGACGACUGUCUUACGAGAGUAGCAAAAAUGGAUUUGGACGACGGGCGCAGCCAGAACACAUCCAACGACAGCGAUGGCGAAGAUAACGACAAUAAUGAUUAUGCAGAAGAUCCAUUCGGACCUGGAAAGUCAACACCACCUGAAGUUCUAGGAAGCUUUGAUGAAGAAUCUCCUGAAGUAACAGAAGAUCCAACUGAUUGUUUGUCUGAUAGAAAAACAGCGUUAGCAGAAGGUUACCAGUUGUAUGUACCUGAAUGUACACCAGACGGCAGAUAUCAAAAGAUUCAGUGCUACAAAUCUGCGGGAUACUGUUGGUGCGUGAACGAAGAUACCGGAAAAAAUAUUCCGGGGACGUCAGUGAAGAAUGGUACCCCCAAUUGCGACCAUUUGAAAGCAAAUACCAAAGUUAUGAAAGGUUGUCCGGAUGAUAAGAAAUUUAUAUUUCUUAAAGAACUCAUUCAGUUCUUAUACAAUAAAAUGACGGAGAUUACCAAUGGUACAAAUACUAGUAGCUUUAACAACCUCGCCUGGAAGAAGGAUGAGCAAGUUGCGACGUGGAGUUUUGUCAUUUUCGACAAAAAUAAAAAUAAAAUGUUGGAAAGAAGUGAGUGGAAAGCAUUUAAGGAUAUGGUAGGGGGCGUUAAAGGGUUAAGAAAGUGCGGCAAAAAGUUGCCGAGAUACUGUGAUAGCAACAAAGACAGACAAAUUAGUAUGACAGAAUGGCUAGAAUGUCUUAGUAUAAAACAAGGUGUCAGUAUUCCAAAUUUACAUGCAUCACCGAGAGCAGGAAAAACGAACCCACUCAAUAUGUUAAAAGACGAUUAAUAGUUACAAAACGAAAAUAGUGUUAAGUGAAUUAAUUAGUGAACUUCGAGAAAUUAAUCAUGUAUUUAUUACUAUCUACAAAAUAAUCUAAACACCGUUUAGUAGGUGCAAUUUGUAUAUAUUUAUAUAUUUCAGCAUUGGUUGAGAAAUGAUAAUUUAUGUGUUCAAGAGAUUUUGCAUAAAAACAAUAUUGUCAAUAUCAUUUAAGUGAUUAUUUAUUUGAUGGACUCCAGUGGACACAAAGACUGGUUAAGUUUAACCAAUGAAACUGGCUGCAAUGCCUUCUCGAGUCUUGUGAUUAUAGUGUAAUGUAUAGCUUUUUUCUUUGUGUGCGAGUUGAACAAAUGUAUUCAAAAAACCUAAAUAUGGCUAUAUCUAAAUAAUAGUGUAGUUGAUAAUAGAAGCAAUAUUGGCAAAACCACUUCAUCUUACAGUUCAAACAGUAAUAUGAUACAAGAAUUAGAAAACAUAUAUUGACUUCUUUUUAAGCUCAUGAAAGAGGUUUUGUAGAUGUUUUACUCGAUCUACUUCCACAUUUUUUUGAAUAAAUUUGAUAACGACACACAAAAGCCUAUUUUAUAUGUAUAUAUUAUAGAAUAGAAGUUGUGUUAAAUUAUUGAACAAUAAAAAGAACAUCUAAUAAGUUAAUAUGUGAAAGCUAUUUUGAAAAUGUUUCAAUUUACUACCACAAACUUUUAAUUCGAGCCACUUGAAACUUCGAUGCUAUAGCGAUCCAUUUAAAAUAAAACGAGGGUAUCCUGAUGUCCUUUUUUCCUCUAAUAGUUGUUCAUGGCUACUUGAAUCUUGUUCUCUAUAUCUUUAAUAGUAAUUCAAUUCAUAUAACAAAUUAAAAUUUUGCAUUUUUAUAAGCGAUGACCAAGAUCGUCAUAGAUUUAUUUUCUACAAGAUUUCUAAUAAGCACGUUAUUACAAUCUACAAUCUACCAUGAUGUAAAGACAUCAUGGAAUCUACUAACUCCAAAAAUGACAAGUUAAAUUCUUCUUUUUUUGUUUACCACAGAAUUAUGUUUAAUAAGAGAAGUUUUCUAAUACGAACGUUAUUACAUUCUAGAAUCUAACCCAAAAAUGACAAAUCAAAUUCUUCUUUUUCUGUUGACCACAGAAUUAUGUUUAAUAAGAGAAGCAUUAUACUUAGUAACAAAUGAAGCUCAUAACAUUUUCAGUAUGGUUAUCAAACCAUAAUUACUAAUCUAAUCUUUAUUUAUUUUAAAAACAUACUCGACAUAAACUGUUAUUUUUAUAACUAUUUCUUUAAAAAAUGCAAAUCUACUGAAAAUAAUGGCUUUAGAUAAAAGUUGAAAUUCAAAAAUUUCUCUCGCGGCUAGAUAUGGUCAUAUUAGGUUCAAAUUUUCAGGAUCGUCUCCAGUUUAUAUGUACUUUCGAGGAAAAAAUCGCUGACUCAAGUGCGCACAAUUUCGUCGAAAAUCGAUGGAUCUGUUCAUAUGUCAAAUGUCACAUUAAGAUGAAACUAGCAAAGUCAAGAAGAUCUUGCUACACAAUAAGACAAAAUAUAAUCAAUAAAAGAAUUUAAAUGAUAAAAUAUAAUAAUUUAAUUUCAAUAACAUAAUUUAAUAUAUGUCUAAUAAUUAGUAUUGAUCCUACUUUUUAUGUGACACGGUAUUAAAAUCUUAAUAAUACUAAUAAUUUCUGAUAUAGGCAUUUUCAUAUGGCUACAAUUAUUUAUUUAUUGAUCGAGUAUCUUGAAAAUAAGCAAAUUUUACUUUUUAAUUCGCUUUGUAUUAUAUAAUUUUCAUAAUAAAUAAAUAAAACAAUAAACUUGUCCCUGAUUCUACUAUGAAUUUAUAAAAAGCCCAAUAUAACUAUUGUAGUUUGUUUAUAUGCCUUUUAUAUUAAAAUUAUUAUGAAUUAAGUAAUAAAA